AUGAAUAAGCAAGUGUCUAAAUUGUUCUAUGCUAUAAGGAACUCACUUCCCAAUAAAUUGGACAAUAAUGGAAACUAUCAAUUUAUUAUUAAUGAAAGCAUUUUAAAUGGGUAUUGUAAUAGUAAAAAAUGUAGUAAUAAUCUCGAAAAAAUUAAUGCUGGAUGCUUAUAUUUGUUUGAUGCGUUCUUUAAGGAUUCUUCUGUGUUUGAAUCUGUUGCAAAAGGUAACAUAAAUAUUGUUGAGUACAUUAUCAUAUGGUUAAGUCAUAUGUUAAUCCCAAUCAAAAAUGACAAUAACGACAGUAUAGAAUUUUUUUAUAAGACAUAUAUAGAUAAUGAUAAGUAUAAAAAUUCUAUAAAUGGUGUUACGGUGUAUAAAGAUUAUAAGGAUCUUAUAGAUAAACGUGAUUUGAUAAAUAUGGAUAUUAAAUCUAUAUAUAAAUUUUAUGAUGCAUUUAAUACAUUAUGUUUGAUGUAUGUUGAAUUUGAUGAAGAUAGUCCAGAUUGCAAAAAAUAUUCUGAUAAAGCUAAAGAAUUUGUUAAAAAUUAUAAAAAACUUAAGGGAGAUUCUAGUAUUACUGAAAACAGUUUAUAUAAUAAAAUAUUGUCUACUUUAUUAACUGAUUAUAAUAAUUUAAAAGAUAAAUGUAGCGAUAGUUCAUCAUUUCCAUCGAUAGAAACAACAAAUAAUUCUAUGCAAAGUUUUGGACAAAUUUCUGAAGAUACAUCAUCAAGUUCGUCGAUAGGAAACAAAUUAUUAAUAGUUUUAUCAAUAUUUGGUGCAAUAGCAUUUUUUUUGGGAAUUUCUUAUAAGUAUUCAUUAUUUGGAUUUCGGAAACGAUUUAAAAAACAACAAAUAAGAGAAAAAAUAAAAAAUAUAAAGAAGAGAAUGAAUCAUUAA